AAUGCGUGACCCCCUCCGGGAAGGGCCGGAGAGUGCGUGUCCUGAGCCUGCGUGCAGAGCUGCUGCCCGUGGGCCCCCUCACGUAUCGUGUGGGUUACAGAAGAGCAUCGCUCAUGAGCAAAACAAAACAAAAUGUCAUCAGGCACGGUGAUGAACGCCACCACCUCUUCAGGAGGGUCGAAUGAUGUGAGUCUGGAGGAGCCAAAGAAGAUGACAAGGGAAGACUGGAGGAAAAAGAAGGAAUUAGAGGAACAAAGAAAACUAGGAAAUGCCCCUGCUGAGGUAGAUGAAGAAGGAAAGGAUAUCAAUCCUCAUAUUCCUCAGUACAUAUCCUCAGUACCAUGGUACAUAGAUCCUUCUAAAAGACCUACACUAAAGCAUCAGAGACCUCAGCCAGAGAAGCAGAAGCAGUAUAGCUCCUCGGGAGAUUGGUACAAACGAGGAGUUCAAGAGCAUUCUGUAGCGAGUCGAUAUCGUAAAGGAGCUUGUGAGAACUGUGGUGCAUUGACACACAAGAAGAAGGACUGCAUGGAGAGACCCAGGAAAGUUGGAGCAAAAUACACAGGCAUGAAUAUUGCACCAGAUGAACACGUGCAGCCUCAACUGAUGUUCGAUUAUGAUGGAAAGCGAGAUCGUUGGAAUGGUUAUAACCCAGAGGAGCACAUGAAAAUUGUGGAGGAAUAUUCCAAGGUUGAUUUGGCCAAACGUACACUGAAAGCUCAGAAGCUUCAGGAGGAGUUAGCAUCAGGAAAGCUGGAGCAAGUGAACUCUCCAAGACACCAGUGGGGAGAAGAGGAACCAAAUUCACAGACAGAAAGGGACCAUAACAGUGAAGAUGAAGAUGAAGAUAAAUACGCAGAUGACAUUGAUAUGCCUGGGCAGAACUUUGACUCUAAAAGACGAAUCACAGUUCGAAAUCUACGUAUUCGGGAAGAUAUUGCAAAAUACUUGAGGAAUCUUGAUCCAAACUCUGCAUACUAUGAUCCCAAAACAAGAGCAAUGAGGGAGAACCCCUAUGCCAACACAGGCAAGAAUCCAGAUGAAGUUGGUUAUGCCGGUGACAACUUUGUUCGCUACACCGGAGAUACCAUUUCAAUGGCACAGACUCAGUUGUUCGCCUGGGAGGCUUAUGACAAAGGCUCUGAAGUUCACCUUCAAGCAGACCCUACAAAAUUAGAGCUACUUUAUAAGUCCUUCAAAGUGAAAAAAGAAGAUUUCAAGGCACAGCAGAAAGAAAGCAUCCUAGAGAAGUAUGGAGGACAAGAACAUCUAGAUGCUCCACCAGCUGAACUGCUGUUAGCUCAAACAGAAGAUUAUGUGGAGUACUCAAGGCAUGGAACAGUCAUCAAAGGACAAGAGAAAGCUAUUGCAUGCUCUAAAUAUGAAGAGGAUGUGAAGAUCAACAACCAUACAUGCAUUUGGGGUUCAUACUGGAAAGAAGGAAAGUGGGGUUACAAAUGCUGCCACUCAUUUGUCAAAUACUCAUACUGCACGGGAGAGGCUGGGAAAGAAAUUGCUAAUGCUGAAGCAAGCUUACUGGAAGAGCAACCUGGGGAAGAAGAACACAUGACAAAACCCAAAACACUCAUGGAGAUCCACCAAGAGAAACAGAAAGAGAAGAAAAAGAAGAAGCACAAGAAGAGCUCAAAUUCAGAUAGCGAGGGUGAAGAGAAAAAGAAGCAAGAAAAACUUAAAAAGGCAUUAAAUGCAGAAGAAGCUCGUCUUCUCCAUGUUAAGGAAAUCAUGCAGUUAGAUGAGAGGAAGAGACCAUACAACAGCAUAUAUGAAACCAAGGAGCCGUCAGAAGAGGAAAUGGAAGCCUAUAGAAUGAAACGUCAGAGACCUGAUGAUCCCAUGGCCUCUUUCCUUGGACAGUAGCCACACUCCAAAUCGUUCCAAUACACAAGACUCUUUUUUUCAUACUUGUUUACAACUCUCUAGACACUUGUUUAUCUUCCACAAACCUAGUAAGUGCCAGAAAUGGCAAAAGACCUUUUUUUUUUACCAAAGAAGUUGGUGAACAUUUCUUUCACACCAGACAUAAGCAAUCCAGUACCUACAGCAAUUUGAGAUGUGUGUGCAUGUGUACAUACAUAGUCACACUUACAUAUACACAUAUAAAAAUUAUAUGUGUCUAUAUAAAAUACACUUACUCUGUAAAUUCUUUAUUGGCUGAGAAAAAGAAACCUGAUACUGGCCAACACAUUCAUAAAGCCAUGAUACAUUCAGUAAAACAGAUCACUUUGCUUAACAGCUGUCAAUGUAAAGCAAAUGAUGUUGAAAUCAAGAUUGAAACAGCUACUGAAACCUCUUAUUUGUAAAGGAAGUUGCCUGUCACAUGGCUUUAAAAGGAGAAAUAGUUCCUUUCUUGAUCACUUUGUAAUAAGUAUUUUGGAAUGCUCUGUACAGUUUGGGUUAAAUUAAUAUAAAGAUCUAAAAUGCUGUCUAGCCUUUUUAAUGAAGAUCUUAGGAGAAGCUGUCUGUAGACAUUUGAAAUUGUGACUUAGUUUCUGCAGAUGUGUAUAAAUGUAAAUUGCAAAGGUCUGAGCUCUGUGUUUUUCUGUUUCCUAACAGUAUUCAUCUUACCCUUACAACUUCCAGAGUCCUGUUACAUGGUGUAAUGCCAAGUGAGGGGCUCUAAUAAUGUGUCAUAAUGUGAAACGGCAUCUGCUUUGUGUUUGGCAAUAUUAGUCCUGGGAGUUUUCCCCUUUAACCAGUAAAAGUUGAAGAAAUGGGUGAAAAACUUCACAGCAUGACUUUAGAGUUGUAAGGUGUGAGAACUUAUUUCCGUUAUGGCUUAAACUCUCUUACUAAAUAUGGCUUUUAUAACCACACUUAAUGCAGUUACAUUAAUGGCAGGACAAGGAAGGAUCUAUAAUCCUGGCUCUUCUCUGAUUACAGUUUCUACCUUGUAGACAACGAAGGAAGUUAAAAUUACUGGAGGAGAAUUAAACAGUAUAUUUGUAACGUUGUUCCUGUAAUUUCCACCUGUAAAGCUGGUUUCCUGGGUUUUUUUAUUAGAUUUUCUCCAAGUCUGCUUCCCCUUUACUUCUAUCACAGAACACUAUUUCUGAAUACAGGCUUUAUUUCAUAAAACUUACAACUCUGACUGCAGACUUUUGUUUUUCUUGCUUUAAAAACUCUCCUAGCACUUGCAAGAAAAAUAUAACCAAUUAAUGAGAUCAAAGAUCUGGGGGUGGAAUUGUUAAUGUAACCAAGGCCCAGGAAGGAAAAAGUUUAAAGAGUAGAAAUCAGCUUCUGCAGGAAUUGCUUUUAUGUUUUCACAAGAUGGAUUUGGACAGUCAGAGGGGAAAGAUAUUAGGGAGAUAGGGGUUUUUUUUCCUUUUGCUAUACUAGUGACUCACAUUCUGAGUUUCCCCAUCAGCUGAUGUCUUGACCUUUCCAGGUUAUAGAUCAUUUCAAGGGAAAAACUUUUCCACAAGUGAUUACGUGCAGUAAACACAUGAUUUGGCAUGUAUAGCUAAUAAUGGAAGUUCAGCUAUGGAACUCAAUGUUAAAACUGUCCACUGAUGUUCUCACUGACAAUCAAAGAUCAUCAGUUGAAGAUACAGUGUGGUCCAGAGAUCCUACAGUAUGGCCUGAAUGCAAACUGCCCUUAGGUGAUUUUUCUGAAUUAGCUGAUUUGAACUAUAAACUUAACUCUUCUCAGGGCUGUAGCAUCUGAAGUUCUGCCCAGCAUCCCUCCACCUGUACCUAUAGCAGAGAUACUUGGCUUGGUCAGAGCCAAGUUCCAUUUGAGGAAAGAUGAGAUGCCAGAAGGGUCCAUCUUACUAGUUCCUCGAGCUAUUUUAGAUACCUUUCUAAAAGUAGCUAGAGAUGAAUGAAGAACAAAUCAUUCACCAGUCUAGGCAGCUUGUAAAGUUCAGAUUUAAACUCCUGCUUAGUGAAUGUUUCUCUUACAUUCAAGAGAAAGAUAAGGGGAAUGUUAAAGGUGCAUGUAUUUCAGAAGCCAAUAAAACACAUUCAGUGCCAUAGGGAGAAAUAGUUAUUAUGAAUAAAUGUCCUGAAUUCCACCUCGAGCGUAAUCAUGGAUGGAUUUGCUUUUCAAUACCAGAAGAGAUGACUGUAACUUACUUUCUGGCAUGCCCAGUCUUACUCUGGAAAGUGCCAGUGGGGAAUGAUGCAGAAAGGCAGCUCCAGGGGAAAAAGCAAUUAGCAGUGUUUUAUUCAAAAUACAGUUUCUCAAGCUUGUGAAUGAUGCAGAGUAGAUCUCAUCUGGAUCAAUCUCAACAGUUAAAGGACAAAUAAAGCUUAAAGCAUCUUGUCCUGUUUAUAUCAUAAAGGUUAGAUGUUAAAGAACAUUGUGGAUGUGAUCACGAGGACUCAUUUUCCUCCAUCUGCUUUGCCUUGGGUUUGGCAUGCAAUAUGACUGUGCAUAUCCAAAGAGCUCUUCCUACUGCACAACAAGAAUUUUUUUUUCCUUUCUAAAAUGACUUUGAAACAAAUUUGCAGGCUAGCUUGGACAAAAAACAAAAGAACACAAGCAGAGGCAACUGAAGCUGAGAACAGAUUCUCACACGCACAGACAGAAGCCAGGUGAGAGGAAGUGCCCUCACCUGGUAACACACACUAGCCAAGCGUUCAAAUCAUCACCCAAGACAGACCCUCCCAGCACAGCCAAGGUAGCUCUCUCUGAAUCUUGCCCUUGGCAAAGCUCAAAACCUAUUUUCCCAAGUGCCUUUUCAACAAUUGUUUCAAUUGCCUCAUUUUUCAUCCUGUGGAGUUCCUGCUGGCUGAGGCAUGUUCAGUCUGCAAACUGAACUAACCAGCUGAUCUGAAGACGUGUACAUCUUUAAAACAGAGAUUAAAACAUUCUCCUUUGUUGAAA